AUGAUGUCGUGCCUGCGUCGCCUUUUUUGCUUUUCUGCUAGCAAAUCCUCCGAACCUCGCAACCAUGGACUGAACAAUACACACAAUGUCAUUUGGCUGAGAUCUAUCCGCAAGCCAGAUGUCGAAACCCGUGUUGCUGUCUCCCAGAUCCCAGAACAGGCCAAUGCCAGGCUAGCGCUAGGCCCGGCCCCUCGGCCCAUUUCCCCAUCGACUGACGACAUGAGUGAUGACCCAUCGGUGUAUACAUCUGACACAGAUUCUCAGAUCACCGUGAGCUCCACCACCACUCAUGAGGCCUCCUCUUCGCCCGAGACCCUUGUCAAGCGCCCUGCUAUCUCUUACCAGGGUACUGAUGAUGGUCCAUCCUACAUCUCGAUCCUGCAAGAGGGCUCCGUGAGGCCUCCGCAGAUCUCAUUCGACGGUUAUGGCGCUUUCGGUGGCCGGUUCGCUCCAGAAUCCAUCAUGGGCUUCCUAAACGAGCUAAGCCUGGCCUUCGAGAGCCAUGUCACAGACACUGGCUUUUGGUCUGAGUUCGCCACCUUCCAACGAGCUGAGCCAACCCAGUUGUAUUGCGCAAGAAAGCUCACAACCCUGGCCGGUGGCGCCACAAUCUGGCUCAAGCGCGAAGACCAGAACGAGUAUGGCUCCCACAAGACACGGAACAUCAUCGGUCAGCUCCUGCUCGCCCGCCGCAUGGGCUUCGCCGAGAUCGUCACGGACUGUGCCGCAGCAAAGCAUGGCAAGUUCACGGCCGCUAUGUGUGCCCGCCUGGGCCUGCGCUGCGUCGUCAUCAUGGGUGCAGACGACGCUCAGGCCCAGCAGGAAGAUGUUGUCAAGAUGAAGCUGCUUGGGGCCAGGGUCCUCACCGCACGAACCCCAUUUGGCAUGGGCUCUCUGCGUGCUGCAAUCACCGAGGCGCUCCGCUAUUCUGUCUGCAACUACGAGUCCGCCUAUUAUCUGAUGGGAGGUCCGGUGGGGCCCAAUCCCCUGCCGACUCUCACGCGCACCUUCCAAGCCUUGCUAGGCGAGGAGGUUGUCGCCCAGAUGCACACGGAGGCCGGUCGUCAGCCUGAUGCGGUCGUUACGGCUGUGGGGAGUGGCUGUGGCGCCGUUGGGCUUUUUCGACCGUUUCUACACGAUCACAAUAUCCGGCUGAUCGGCGUUGAGGCCGAGGACGCUGCUGCCAUUACAAAAGGGAAGAUGGGGGUUCUCCAGGGGGCUCGUACCCUGAUGCUCCAGAAUGAAGAUGGCCAGAUCCUCGACUCGCAUUCCAUCUCGCCAGAUCUCAACCUUUCCAACGUGGGGCCUGAGGUGGCUCAUUGGAAGGAAUCUGGCCGGGUUGAAAUUCUGACGGCUACCGACGCAGAUGCCCUGGACGGGUUCCAAAUCCUUCAGCACCACGAGGGUAUUCUGGCUGGCCUGGACUCCAGUCAUGCGGUGAGCAACGCGAUGCGGGUUGCCAAAGAGCUCGGGCCUGGCAAGAACGUCGUACUAUUGGUAACGGGAUGCGAUACUAUUCGGACCCAAUUCUUGGUUGCUUGA